AUGGUGCGAAACUGCGACUUCCCUCCGCACCGCAGAGCAACCGUUCUUGCCACGCCCUCCCGUCCUUCCUGUGCGGGCACCCGUCGCCCAACAUUUAGCUCGAUUCUCUGGCCUUUCAGCUUUUUACGCGCGCUUGCGCUGUUCUUCUCGCUGGACCGGCCGACCCUUCCGCCCAACAUCCCCCAAGCUUCCCAUCAAUGUCUCCGAGCAUCCCCUGUCGCUUCGCGGCCAGACGUUUGGGUGGAGAGUAGACCAUCAUGGAUGACUCCCGGCGCAUCGAUAAGGAAUCCCACUGCUCCCCGACCCGCCGUCCCUCGACCGCCUGCCGUACAGGCUCAACAGCAGCAGCAACCGCAACAGCAACCGCAACAGCAACAACAACAGCAACAUCAACCCCAGCAACAGCAGCAACAGCAACAACAGCAACAACAGCAACAAGUGCAGCAACAGCAGAAACAGUAUGCUCUCUCCAUGCCCACGGCCGUCGCAAGUCUGUGUUGCAGGCGUCACGCCCUCUCACCUCACCGCCCUACAGAACAAGCCGACGCUAACUUUGGCAUCUUACCUAGGCCUGCCGUUCUCCCGUCACCCGCUCCGAGCGACGUACCGAGCCCUGCCCACUCGAAUUUGCUCGAUAGCCCCCAGGCCUCCCCUGCCCCUCUCGCCGAUGCGCGCAGCAUGGGGUCCAGAACACCCUCGGCCCCGGUAACACACCCAGUCGCCAAUGCCCGGUUUGUCCACAUCCCAUCUGGCAGCCCGGAUGUGCAAGAGAUCCCGCGACCGGGGUUGGCCAGCCCAGCGCAUCAGGUUGAGAACCACUCACCUGCCGCUGGGUACAUAUCGCAGCCUCCGAAUAACGGCCCCCAGACCCUGCAGAACACACACGCCCCGAAUGUUAGCCAUGGAGCUGCUCCGUUGUCCAGCGCCUCUCAAGAACAUGAGCCGUCUCGUCCCGCAUCAAAAAGACGGCGCACUGGAAACACUGCAUCUAUCUCGGACGCAGGCACUGGGUCAUCACCUCAAGCACUUACAGGCGUGACAAACCCUUACGCCACCUCCCAGGCGCCAACGGCAACAGGGCCGACACAGACAGCACCCCUGGGUACGAACACAUCGCUACCUCAUCCGCAGAUACGGAAUGGCCCCCAGCAGAGCCCGCAACACCCAGCGGCUAGCAACGUUUGCGCUCCACAACCGCCGUCGGUGCAGUCGUUUUGGCAACAACAACAACUAAAUCAGCCACUAAAUCAGCAACAAUAUUUGCAGAACUUACAAAUCAACACGUCUAAUCUCGCACACGUCAACCUCCAGUCCAUGGUGCAGUCGCCAGUUGGCACCACGCCGUCUUCCCGCCCAUCCCAGCCCACACCGAGUCCUGGGCCGCAGCAGAUACCGCCCAGCCCUUGGGCGCAACAACAAUUACAGACCGUAAUCCCUCCAACGGUUUUUGCCCCCAACGUAGCGCAUCCCGGGCCAGCUUCCAUGGUUCGGCCUCCGACGUUUCAGGUCCAGCGGGGCGCGCACCAACGACAGCGACUCGUGGCGGCGAGCGAUCGCCUGUUGCCGCCCAAGGGCACGUCGAUUGGGCGGACGGAAUGGCCGCACGAACCGGCGGAUCGGAAAUCGGUCAUGAUGUCGCUGCACCAAGCCCAUGUCCGCAGUCCGAAGCGGGUCAUCAAGGACGGAGAGACGGAACGCUUCUAUCAGUCUGUAAAAUCACUCGCAGUUGCGCCAACUCCCGUGGCUCCUAAGAAGACCAUGUACGAGUUCCGGUUCGAUGUCAGCGAGGAGCAAUUUACCCUAGUAGCGGCCAAGUCGAAGGACCCCGCAGCCCUUCUCCCGGUAGUUGAGCAUAUUAACGGCACGCUCCGGUGGCGGAUCCGGUGCUGUGCGGUUCAAGGCUCGAGGGCCGCCGUUAGUGAAGAGGAGUGGGUGGGAUUGGAGAUGGACUGGCCAACGUACAUUCACAUGACGCUGAACCAGAACCCGCUCGACGUCCGUAGGCAACGGCACAACGGGAAAGACCAGCCUACAGAGAUCACUGACUAUAUCGUCUGCGGUACCAACUUGCUCUUAGUUUCCAUACAUGGUCAACACGGGGAGCACUCCAGAAACCGCCACUUAGCAGUGGAGAUCCUCGAGACGCUCAGCCAUUCCAACGUAGUCAAGACGGUCUGGUCGCGGGGCGUAACGGGCGAAGAAAAGACGCUAGGGACGAUCAAGAAGCGGUUGACGUCCUCGCUUGACGACGAAGUCUCCUUCGAGGCGCCUGAUCUGUCGAUUGAUCUUGCCGACCCCUUCAGCUCGACCAUCUUCAAGAUCCCCGCGCGCGGAGUCCUGUGUACGCACAUGGAGUGCUUCGACCUCGAGAACUGGCUGAACACGCGGCCGUCGAAAACGUCAAUUAAGUGCUCGCAUCGACAGGUGGUGUGCGAUUGCCGGGACCCGGCCGAACCGUCCAAUCCCGACAAGUGGCGCUGCCCGAUCUGUUCUAAGGAUGCACGGCCGUACAGUCUGCAGAUCGACGGGUUCUUGCUCAAGGUCAGGAAGCAGCUGGAGGAAGAAGGCAAGCUGCACACCAAGUGCCUGCGUGUGAAGGCGGACGGGAGCUGGUCCGUUGUGCUCGAGGCGGACGAUGAUGGGGAGAGUGACGAGGAAGAGCGGCGCGGGCCGCAGCCUACAGUUGCCGCCAAAGGCAAGGCAGUGCAGCCCCCCGCGGCCGCGAGGCGAGAGGUGGAGGUUAUCGAGAUUGACUAA